AUGUCCCUGACGGUCUAUCCGCCGGUCUCCCCAGAAGAGCAACGCAGGGGUGAAGACGAAUCGCAACAACUCGAGCUGCAGUGGCUGCUUGGCGAGUUCCAGAAGUCCUUGAUGUCCCUCAAGGAAGGUCUAGAAGAAUGUGCUGCCUUGCUCGCUCCGAAAGAGCCAGGCUCGACACUGGUGCUCUCAUCGCUCCGGUCAGAGAACGUCAAAGGCUUCGUUACUCGAGUCGGCACCAAAAUCGUCAAGGGCGACAUCCACCUCCGACUUACAAGCUUACCACCGAACACGCCGCGCACUCAGACGAACUCCAACCCUUCUACCCACCUCAGCUUUGCUCCCUCCCCUACCGCCCCGGACUUAGUCCUGCCACAACUGUUUGCCGUUCGCUCUCUCGUCAACGACUCCCUUGAUAUCAUUGAUGUUUCUCGCUGGGCCGGACAAGCGACUGAUGCAUCAUUCAUUUCAGGACAGCUGCGCCUGCUGCAUGACAAUCUUGCCAACGCUAAAGCAUAUAUGAAAGGUCCCGUCGCUGGUCAAGACGAAACAAUACCGGGCUGUGAGUGGUGGACGAGCAGUGUCGAUGCCAGAGUCUUUCAGCCCCCUCUACCCGACCAUCUCAGUCUACACUUCACGAUCCAGGAUGCCAACAUCGUCUUAACAAUUCGCACACUAGCACCUACCUCUCCCGGAGGAACACCCAGCACGCCUGCAUCUGACUCGGGCUUUUCACUCUCUGGCUUCAGUCUUCGCAACAAGCUGCUGGGACUCGGACCUCGGGCGCCCAAUCACGACGAGGUUGGCCAGAUCUUUGAGUGGCUUGGAAAGCAAGACGUCGUUGUAAGGGAGAAGACUAGAGUUGAGACUGGCGACCCGAGUCUCAUGAGCUCCGCUGCCAAGCUUAGCGCACUCGAGCACGAAGUCGGAAAAUGGCGAUACAACCUCCGCACUGUGAUGGGUGAAGAAGACGAUUGA